AUGACAACUUUUGCUGAAUCCCUGUUGAGGCUACGCAACGCUUUUGCGAGCGGGAAAAGCCAUUCUGUGGAAUUUCGCAUCAGUCAGUUACAGUCCCUGAUCAGACUGCUGGAGGAGAACGAAGCAACACUCCUCAAUGUUCUCAACCAGGAUCUGCACAAGGUAACCAAGCUGGACCAAUGCUUCAUCCGGAAGGAGCCAUUCGGAGUGGCACUGAUCAUCGCAGCCUGGAGCCACCCCGUUCAGCUGCUGCUAACCCCCCUGGUUGGAGCCAUCGCUGCAGGCAACUGCGUUGUGCUCAAGCCGUCUGAAGUGAGUGUCAACACAGCAGCUCUGCUCAGCAAACUCAUCCCCCAGUAUCUGGACAAGGACUGUUUUGCUGUGUUCAAUGGAGGGCCAGUCGAGACAAGGAAACUUCUGCAGUACAAAUUUGAUUAUAUCUUUUACACAGGGAACAGUGCGGUGGGGAAGGUCAUCAUGAAAGCGGCUGCUGAACAUUUGACUCCUAUAACGUUGGAGCUUGGAGGCAAGAACCCAUGCUACGUCGACCAGAGUUUUAAUCUCGAGAGCACAGUCCAGCGCCUCGUCUGGGGACGAUUCUUUAACAGUGGCCAGUGCUGCAUCUGUCCAGAUUAUGUGCUCUGCAGUGAAGAGGUGCAAGAACAGUUGGUCCCAGCCAUCAAACAGUGUCUGAAAAAAUUCUACGGAGAAGAAACAAAAGAAAGUGCUGAUUAUGGAAGAAUAAUCAAUGAACAUCAUUUCAAUCGACUGCAAGACCUCCUCAAUUCUGGCCAGGUGGCAAUAGGAGGCGAUACAGACAAACAGGAGAGAUAUAUUGGUCCGACAGUCCUGGUAGACGUGAAGGAAUCUGAUGCAGUGAUGCAGCAGGAGGUUUUCGGCCCAAUUCUGCCAAUCAUCAACAUCAACUCCAUGGAGGAAGCCAUCGCCUUCAUCAACAGGCACCAGAAACCGCUGGCCCUCUACGUUUACGCCAGCAACACUAAGGUGGUGAAUGAAGUCCUGGAGAAAACCAGCAGUGGGGGCUUCUGUUCCAAUGAGAACAUGGUGCAGAUGACUCUCAACACGUUGCCCUUCGGAGGAAUUGGUUACAGUGGGAUCGGCAUGUAUCAUGGGAAGUUCAGCUUUGACACGUUCUCCCAUAAGCGGGCAUGUCUGCUGAAGAGCCCUGGGAUGGAAAGGUUCAAUGCCACCCGUUAUCCUCCCUACAACGAACAAAAACUCAACUGGCUCCUCUGGGCCACUGAUGUCAAGAAGAGAGACUGUAGCUGUCAGCUGUUGUAG